UGCUGCCUAAGUCAAAACCCCCCGAGCUCCAUUGCAGCACAGCUCCUUCCCGUAGCCCCCAUAUCCGCCGCCGUCGCCGGCAGCUAUGUCGGUGGCCUGCGGCGUGGAAUGCGUCGUCUUCCUCGGCUGCGCGCGCUGGGCAUGGAAACGCCUCACCUACGUCGGCUCCUACGACUCCGAAUCAUGGCCUCCCGCCUCCGAUGACGAAAUCGAACCCAUCCCUCGCCUGUGCCGCACCAUCCUCGCCGUCUACGAAGACGAUCUAUCCCACCCCCGCUUCCCCCCUCCCUCCGGCUACGGCAUGAACCCUAAAUGCCUCCUCAAACGUGUCCCCUACGAAGAAACCCAGGGCCGAUGCCCUCCCUACCUGAUCUACGCCGAUCACAGCCACCGGGAGAUCAUCCUCGCCGUUCGCGGUCUCAAUCUCUCCCGCGAGAGCGAUUAUAAGGUUUUGCUGGAUAAUCGAUUGGGAAUGCAGAUGUUCGAUGGCGGGUACGUGCAUCAUGGAUUGCUGAAGGCGGCGACGUUUAUACUUAAUCGGGAGUCGGAGUUGCUAAGGCGUGUGAUUGGGGAGGUGGGGGAGGAGUAUAAGCUGGUUUUCACGGGGCAUUCGCUGGGGUCUGGUGUGGUGGCGCUGAUGGCGGUGAUUGUGGUGAAUCACAGGGAUCGAUUUGGGGGGAUUGAAAGGGAUCGGAUCCGGUGUUAUGCGAUUGCGCCGGCGAGGUGUAUGUCGUUGAAUCUUGCGGUGAAGUAUGCUGAUGUGAUCAAUUCCGUCGUCCUGCAGGAUGAUUUCCUGCCAAGGACUCCUACUCCAUUAGAGCAUAUUUUUGGAUCUAUUUUCUGCUUGCCAUGCUUUCUAUUUUUAGUAUGUUUGAGGGAUACUUUUAUACCAGAAAAAAGAAAGCUUAAUGAUCCAAGAAGGCUCUAUGCCCCCGGGCGAAUGUAUCACAUUGUUGAGAGAAAAGUUUGCAGAUGUGGAAGAUUCCCCCCUGAGGUGAGGACUGCAAUUCCAGUUGAAGGCCGAUUCGAGCAUAUUGUGCUGUCAUGUAACGCAACAUCUGAUCACGGCCUUUUGUGGAUUGAACGAGAAUCGCAGAAGUUAUUCAAUAUAAGAAAGGAAGAUGCUGCAACCACAACUGCUCCAGUUCAGCAGAAAAUGGAGAGGAAACAAACCCUAGAAAAGGAGUACAAGGGUGCACUAGAACGAGCGGUCACCUUGAAUGUGCCUCAUGCAAACCCACCAUUAGAACCCACAGCAGAUGAGAUUAACUCUGCACCAUUAGAGAUCCAGAGUGAAACAAUUAUCAACUCUUCGCACUCAGAAAACCAGAAUGGAGUUGCUUUGAAAACCGAGUCCAAGUCCGGCGGGAGAACGAAUUGGGACGAGCUGGUCGAGAUGCUCUUCACCAGGAACGAAUCUGGCAGCCUCGUCCUGAAGAAGAAAAUGGGUGAACGCGAAAGUUAGUAGCCGUUUUGUUUUCAGUGUAAUAUGUUAGUUCUAUAGUCUAUUAUUCUUUAAAUUGUAUCAUAAAAUAAGCUGUAUUGUGCUGAUCUGCAGCUAUAGGCCAUGUUUUAUGUUUUUUUUUUAUUUUUACCAUACUGUAGGUGUAGAGUAGGAAAGGUUGUUGAUGGAAACAAAAAAGGUGCUUUUUGAAGCUUAUGUUUGUAUUUUUCAUUUGAUUAAUGAUAUGAUCGUUUUCUAUGUCAUUGAGAAUGUAAAAUU